AUGGACGACGGGAGGCCCGAAGAGCCACCACCGACGUGCAGCCCUCGCCGACGAGCGCCUGUUUUUCGAGGCCCCAGGGCCAACGAUGUUGUUGUUUCGUCUCCUGUUGUGAUUUUCGAGGACCCUGGCACCAGUGAGGUCAAACACGUUGAAGAAGUGGUGUCCGAUGUCCCUCCCGCGCCUGCUCCUGCUCCUGCUCCUGCUGAUGCUGAUGCUGUUGCUGCUGCUGCUGCUGCCGCCGCCGCCACUACUCCUCGUCCUCCGCCACCACCACCACCAAAAGCUCCGAAGAAGGAGCCAAAUGCAGUCAAGACGGCCGCCAGAACACCACUGCCACCAAAACGGAAUGUGCAGGUGGGAGCUCCGGCUCCAAAGAAGAGGAAGAUGGAAGUCAAGGAGACAAAGGUAGAGGAGCCGCCCUCUUUAAAAACCGCACCAGGUGACAAUGUAUUGUCGUCGGAGGGACGCUCCUGGAAGGAGUAUAGGGAGGCCAUGAAAGCAAAAUACCCUAUACACAAGAAAUGUUAG